AUGUUUGCUUUGCACUCUCGAAGAUUGCGUAGGAGGCUCAGUGCCCCGACGUCAGGGUCACUCCGGCGUCGAGCCCGUGAGCGACAACGUGCUGAGCAGACGAGAGCGGAAGGCGAGCGCAUCGCACGCGAGAAGCGGGAGCGAAGGGCACGGGAAAAGCUCGAACAACAGCGCAAGGCUCGUGAAGAACUGGCGACGUACCAGCCGUGGGGACGCGCGGGUGGUGGCGCUCCCAACCCUCGAGGUGUACGAUUCACUAAUCUCCGAGACAAAGGGAUCUUUCCUGAAGACGAAUUAAGGGGAGUAUCAUUACACGAAGCGUGUCGUAGGUGGGCGACGUCCCCACUCCGCCGACAGAGACAGACCCCGGUGAAGUUGAGAGAAGAUCCUCAACUGUGUUACGCCGACCCGCUGCGCAAGAGUGUCGACAACGACAUUCGAUAUAAACAGUCGCCUAAUGAACAACAAAACUAUAAACAAAUAUUAGAUGAGAUGGUUACAAAAAAAAAGAAAGCCAUGAGAGAAGAAAGGAAACAGAAUCUGGAAUAUGAACGCAAAAUGCACGCCAUGGAAGGACCAUGGGGCAAACCAGGGCCUGGUGGUACUAUAUGGAGGAACCCCCGAAACAUUGGACUAAAUUUCUCAAAGUCUAUGGGUUGGACAGAUAAUGAAAUUUUAACGAAAAUGAAUGGGGCUAAUGGGCAUAAAUCUUCACUUACUUUACCUAAAGUAAAGGGAGACGAUGAUUUCAGAGAAGAUACGCCUAACAAAGAAAAUGUAAGACCACAUAACGUAGAAAAGUUACCAAAUAUCAAAUAUGGUACCAGUCCGCAAAGAAAAUCUCCAGACCAACGAAGAUUUAGUUUGGAUGUUAAGGUAAAGCACGAAAUUUCUUAUGGUGGUAAUCCAGAAGAUCGAAGAAGUCCAAAGAAAACUAGAUUUGUCAAAAGAUUGUCUAAUGGGGAUAAAGUUACGAAACUAAUAAUUGAUGAUAGUUACGAUAGUGGAGAUGCGAUGGCUGUGGUUGAGAAAAAGCCAACACCUGAAGCAACUAUUUUGCGUGUAACCGGUGGAGUUGAACUUGUUCCACUUCUUGCUAGAAGACGUCGUGUUGGCGCACGCACUUUGCCAUCCAGUGAUGUCACAAGACCGGCGGAUCAGUCGUGUCAAUGGCGGGAAUCGCUCAACAUGGGUUACUUGAGGGAACUAAAACAGCAAAUGAAAGUAAAGUGCAUACAAAAAGAGGAGCAUCGACGUGAUUCAGCAGAAAGUGUUCGUAAGCAUCAUGAGACGUGGGAAUCUCUUUGGGGUAGGCAAGGACACGGAGCCCCUCUACGCGGGAAAUAUGCGAGGAAUAACCUAGCACAACUACUCUAUGUAGCACCCCUGACCAAUGCUCAGUAG